UCGGGCUGGGGGCAGGUCCCGGUGCGGAGCGGUGCGGGUCGGGUCGAGCCGAGCCGAGUCGAGUCGAGUCGGGCUGAGCUGGGACGAGCCGAGCCGGGCCGGGCCGGGCUGAGCUCGGACGAGCCGGGCCGGGCCGGGCCAUGGCGCUGCUGCUGGAGCACGAGUUCAAGCCGCUGCCGGCCGACAAACAGAUCGAGACGCUGCCGUUCCUGGAGGCCGUGGCGCACCUGCCGCCCUUCUUCGAUUGCCUGGGGACUCCCAUCGUCUACUCGCCCGUCAAAGCAGAUCUGGCAGGAAAUAUCAAGAAAAUCCGGGCGGUUUACGACUCCAACCCCACCAAGUUCAAAACGCUGCAGAACAUCCUGGAAGUGGAGAAGGAGAUGCACGGCUCGGCCUGGCCCAAGACAGGCGCAACGCUGGCACUGAUGUGGUUGAAAAGGGGCCUGAAGUUCAUGCUGGUGUUGCUGCAGAGCAUCUCCGACGGCGAGCGGGACGAGGAGCAUCCCAACCUCAUCCGAGUGAACGCCAUGAAGGCUUAUGAGAUAGCCCUGAAGAAAUACCACGGCUGGAUGUUGCAGAAGCUCUUCACAGGCUCUGUCUACGCUCUUCCCUACAAAUCAGAUUUACUGAAGGCAUUAGAAAAGGGUAAAGAAGUCAAAGAGGAGGAAACUGUAGAGAAGAUCCAUCAGUUUCUCUCGAGGGUCACCCCCAUCCUGGAUGCCAUUUAUGAGAUGUACACAAAGAUGAACGCCGAGCUGAGCUACAAAGCUUAAAGCUCCUCCCCGGGACUUGGCAGGGCUUCAAUAAGGUGUGAUGGGUGCUACGUGUCUGAGUCACCGGGCGGCUCCCGGCUGUCGGGCCGCUCGGGUCUGCAGUGGAAAACCUGUUUGCUUCUUUAUUUUUCUAUAAGAAUUAAUUUUCUAUUGAGAAUACGGCAAUAAACCGCCCGUGCUCCUCCUCCCCGGGGCACUUCCCGGGCUUUUCGUACUAAAAGAGGAACAAACAAAAGCGUUCCUAACCCCGGCUGCCGGGUGUCUGAAGCAAAGCAAGGGGAAUGAAGCGUGGCCGGCAGGCGGCUCUCGGCGCUGCCGCCUCGGCUCUGCCCUGCCUCCCUCCCUGACCAGGACAGAGGCACCGCUGUGCCCGUGCCCUUGAGCCCGGUUCCCGCCGCGUGCUGACGCCGCUCACCCACCGACGGGCAUCCCGGUGAGGAGCCUCCGGCGGCGGAGGAACCGAUGACCUGCCCCGGUGACCUCACCUCCGAGCCCCCUCUGCCCGCCGGGGUCUGUCCCCAGGAAGGAGCCGGUGCCUUAUUCACCGACCGCCUUACGGUGCUGCCGAUCGCCGCCGCCCCGCGCCGGGGAAGCGACUCAAUAAAAACUCACGGUAACCUCG